UUUGCUGCGCACGCACGCACGCACGCACGCCGCUCGUUUCCGGCCGUGGCGGCCUCCGCGCCGGCCUGACGGGACCCAGCGCCCGGCCUUCCCGAGCGACAUGCAGCGCUGACGAGCGGCGGACGCUCCGCGGCGGCGCCAUGAACCUCCUGCCGAGUAACCCCCACGGCAACGGGCUGCUCUACGCCGGCUUCAACCAGGACCAUGGAUGCUUUGCAUGCGGGAUGGAAAAUGGGUUCCGAGUCUAUAACACCGAUCCACUAAAAGAAAAAGAGAAACAAGAAUUUCUAGAAGGAGGAGUUGGCCAUGUUGAGAUGUUAUUCCGCUGCAACUAUUUAGCUUUGGUUGGUGGUGGGAAAAAGCCGAAAUACCCUCCCAACAAAGUGAUGAUCUGGGACGACCUGAAAAAGAAGACUGUUAUUGAAAUAGAAUUUUCCACAGAAGUCAAGGCGGUCAAACUGCGGCGAGAUAGAAUUGUGGUGGUUUUGGACUCUAUGAUUAAGGUGUUUACAUUCACACACAAUCCCCAUCAAUUGCACGUCUUUGAAACCUGCUACAACCCUAAAGGCCUCUGUGUCCUGUGCCCCAACAGUAACAACUCCCUGCUGGCCUUCCCGGGCACGCACACAGGGCACGUGCAGCUCGUAGACCUGGCCAGCACUGAGAAGCCACCCGUGGACAUUCCUGCCCACGAGGGCGUCCUCAGCUGCAUUGCUCUCAACCUGCAGGGAACAAGAAUCGCAACCGCGUCGGAAAAAGGGACCCUUAUAAGAAUAUUUGAUACUUCAUCAGGGCAUUUAAUCCAGGAGCUACGGAGAGGAUCGCAGGCGGCAAACAUUUACUGCAUUAACUUCAAUCAGGACGCGUCCCUCAUCUGCGUGUCCAGCGACCACGGCACAGUACACAUUUUUGCUGCUGAAGAUCCAAAAAGGAAUAAACAGUCUAGUUUGGCAUCAGCCAGUUUCCUUCCAAAAUACUUCAGUUCCAAGUGGAGUUUUUCCAAGUUCCAGGUCCCCUCAGGCUCUCCAUGCAUUUGUGCCUUUGGAACAGAGCCAAACGCUGUCAUUGCCAUCUGUGCAGACGGCAGCUACUACAAAUUCCUGUUCAACCCCAAGGGCGAGUGCAUCCGCGACGUCUACGCCCAGUUUCUAGAAAUGACCGACGACAAGCUGUGAGUCCUCAGCUGCAGUGCAGCCCACGCCGAGUGCUGAGUGCGCCCCGUGGGCUCCUGGGGCCUUGUGGGUGACAGGCUGGAGGGACUGCCCGGGACCUGGGUCUCCAGGCCACACGCGGCUGUCCCUUUUCCUGAGCAAGGCUUUGCGUUUCCAGUAUUAAGAACAAACCGCCGUCGAGGCACUGCAGACACUCAUGCGGCUGAGCAGCUCAAGCCCGGCUGCUGGCUGGUUACCCUCAGUCCCCCGGGACGCUGGCUUUAGUGGUUCCUCUGCUUCUCGCACCUAUAGCUGGGGCUCCAUACAAACCUGGGGACUGGGCUGAGAAAGGAUGAACACAUCGAGAUUUGUUUCUGGCACCAAAUUCCAUCAUUUUUACUGUGUCUCGGUGGGGAAAUGUUAGUGUGUAAAUGUCAGUUCUUACAGCAUAACCGGAUUUAAACGGAACAAUACCAGCAGCUUGCCUUAGAAAAGGGGCAGCAGUUUUUCUCCCACUGACUGUGGACACACAGCUGUCCCGAGCCCCGCGUCGUCCUCGCCGCUCCCGUUGUGAGCCCGUGCCCUGGCCGUGUGUGCGUGUGCUGGUGCCCUUGUGGAGGGCGCUGUGUGUGUCACACAGGGUCCAGCUGCUCCCUGUCCUGUGCCAGGGACAGCAAAGCACAGACUCUACAGAUAGUCCUGGAAGGAGGCGUCACUUGGUAGAGGGCGUGAAGGGAGCCGUGUGGCACCUCAGCAGGCAGUGCCCGCACCUGCGCCCCACGGCCCCCGCCCCCCACGUACGAGAACUGCACACUAACGUCUAGAGAGUGACAGGCGCCGAGCGUUUCUCUAACAUUUGGUGACUAAAAUGGCUUAGGGCUGUCUGUCGUUAGUCCUACUUGAGGUAUGUGUUUGUUUAAUUUCCUUAAAUUCCCUUUAAGAAGCCUGAUUUUAUGGUUUUGAUUUCAGGUUGCAAACAUUUAAAAUCUGCAGCAGCAAGUCCUCCAUUUGCUGGCUCUUUCACUGUCAUGUAAUCAACUAACUUUGUAUGUGGGUUUCAGUGUAAAGUAUGCAUGUUACUUUUAUGUGUAUUUAAUCAUGAAAUUUAAUUUUGCACACUUAUUUUUAAUGUUUCUUUAAAUAAAAGUGACUAAUUUUGUUGUACUCUG